UCUCCCGACGAUCUUCACAAGCUUCCAACGCUUCGCAAAAAGCUGCUCAAGGAGCAAUCUUCAUUGAGCGCCAAACUCAAGACGGGUGCCAAGGAUCAGUUGGAAGCUACGCGGGAUGGAUUGUUGAAGCUUCAAGCUACGAGGAGGGAUGUGGCUGGUGUGAGGGAAGCGUUUGGCGAGAUAGAAAAGGGCUGCGGAGAGGAGAUGAAGGGCAAGAAUGCGGGUGGAGGCGCUUUCAGAGUCAUAUCCGAGGUCUCGCAAAUUCAUCGCAACUUUGUUCAGACGGCCACGAUGCUGGAUCAAUUGGCGGCGCUGCCAAGGAAGAUCGAAUCUGUCGCUCACCUCCUCGCCAUUUCUCGUCGAGAUUUAUUCGACGGUUGUCCCAACCUGCUAGCGUUGCACUAUCACAUCUCCAACUUGGAAACCUUUCGAAACGAGACGUUGCAGAUGGCAAGGACGUGCUCCUCGGAUGUGAGGUUGACGCUGACGGAAUAUUUCGCCCCGCUGGAUGGAUUGGUGAGGCAGUUUGAAGAGUAUUUGUGGGACUUGGGAAGCAGAGCGUUGGAUCUGGCCCGCGAGGAUAUGGGCGGAGUGGUGGUGCGCUUGGUCAAGGUCAUAGAGGUCGAGUCGCGAGCAGACGAAAAGGCUGCGGCCAUCAGAUUGGCCAAGAAGGCAGGUCUAGAGGGAGCUGCACGCUUCAGGAGCGUCGUUGCCAAUGCGCGCGUCAUCAAGCUCUACAGACCCAAACUCUUGGAAGCGAUGGACAGAGCUACGUUGGAGCUGUUCGAAGAGUGCUGGAAGAGAUUCGGGGCAUCGGAAGAUGGCGGAGAUGCGCGCUGCAUGGAAUUUUUGGAGCAUCUGGAUUGGAUCUACAAGGAUCUGGAAGCGGUGCAAGAAUUGCUGGUGCCGCUCUUCCCGCAGGAGUACAACAUCUUUCGAUGGUUCGUCAAGAGCUAUCACAAGCAUUUGGGCGAGAUGCUCACGCAGAGGAUCCUCAAGACGGAUCCAGAGGCUAGCGCGCUGUUGGAGCUGUACCAAUUCUGCCAGUCUUACAAAAAGACGAUGACCAAGACGCUCGCGGUGGACGUCAAGUGGAUCGAAGAACCGCGCACGUUGCUGGAUGGCAAGGAGCAGACGAUCAUCGACGACUAUCUCUCGCUCAUCACGCGCAAGAUCGACGAGUGGAUCGCGAACCUCAUGUCGGACGAAGUGAGGACCUUUGUUUCGCGCGACGUUCCGCCGGAAGAGGAUGGCGAUGGCGUGUACGGCAUGCAGUACUCGUCUUUGAUCUUUCAAAUGAUCAAUCAGCAAGUCGACUUGUCUGCCGACUCGGGACAAGCCUCGAUCCUCGUUCGAGCACUGCAGCACUCGUGCAGCGGUGUGAUCUCGACGCAACAAACGUGGAGCAGGGUGCUCGAGACGGAAUUCAAGAAGCAACGCGAAGCCAAAAAUCCGCAAGAUGUAAACGAGGGACUGGUAGAGUAUGUGAUUGCGCUUGCCAACGAUCAGCUCAAGAGCGCAGACUUUGGCGAGAAACUGCUCGCGAGGAUGGAAGGGGUGGUGAGCGAAAAGUACAAGCCGGUGGUGAAAAAGAGCUGCGACGAUGCGAUCAACGGGUACUUGGACGUCAGCAAGAGGUGCACGCAGGUGUUGGUGGAUCUGGUAUUUGCCGACGUCCGACCAGCGCUCAAGGAUUUGUUCACUUUUCCCUCGUGGUACACGGGCGAGCCCACCACUGCGAUCCUCGAAACGAUUCGGGAUUACACUUUGGACUACUCUGAGCGCCUCUCGACUGCGCUAUUUGAUGUGCUGUUGGACGACCUGAUGGAUCGCUUCUUGACGGCGUAUAUUGGAGCGCUGAGACGAACCAGCAAACUGCGCAUGCCGGACGCGGCGAAUCGUAUGAGGGAGGAUCUGAGGGACGUCAAGAACGUCUUUGGAGCGUUUAGGGAGGCACAAGGCGUGCAGGAGAAGUUGGAAGUGCUGGAUCUAGUCAUCUCUAUGCUCACGUCGAGCGCUACAAUGGUCUUUUUGUCGUACUACAACUUUGCAAAGAUGUGCGGACCUCAAUUGCCAUUCCUGGAAGCCAUCAUGCGUGCGCGGGACGACUUGGAAAAGUCGGACAUUUCCUCCAUCAUGGAGUCCGCUCGACGCAAAGUGACGCAAGAGGGCAUGUCGGACAAGCCGGAAAGUCUGAUUUCUCGCGUAGAAGCUGCAAACUCUACAGGUCUGCUGGCCGCUUUCGGAUUUGGAGGUGGGGGAGGUGGUGGUGGUGGGUCGGCGGGUGUGGGAGCAGCUGCUGCUGCUACGACGACGACGAGCGCCAAUCAUGGCGUCCAUGCCGCCGGCGCUGGCGCGGGUGCGCAGGGCGGAUGGACGCAAUUGGCGGCCAAUGCGCUCGGUGCUGUCGGUAGGAGGGGCUGAG